AAUUAUGUCAUGUGACUUUUACACCAAUCAAAAUGUCGCACCUUCAAUCUCUGUAGGAGGCUGAAAGUUUAACAUGUAGGACGUACACAUUUCCAUUCACAGUUCACGGCAAGCGGUUCACCAGAGAUCAUGUUCUGUUUCAAAGUGUUUGUGUUGUUCUUCGCCUUCUUAACUUCGCUGAAUCAAGCGCGCGGCAGAUUUGAAUUCUCCUGUAAAUUUCCACCUUCAAAGUGGUGCGACUCUGAGGAGAUUGCGACUGAGUGUGGGGUGCUGAAGCAGUGCAUGAAAUUCAAUGUGACGAAGCCCAGCGCUGACCUGGUGAAUGUGAGCCUGUACUAUGAAUCAUUGUGCCCUGGAUGCAGAAAAUUUCUAGUUACACAGCUCGUACCAACUUUCAUUAUGUUGCAAGACAUCAUGAACAUUGAGCUCGUUCCGUAUGGAAAUGCAAAGGAGAAACCAGAUCAGGGCAAGUACAUCUUCAUCUGUCAGCAUGGAGAAGAUGAAUGUCUGGGUAACAUGAUUGAGACCUGUCUGCUGAAUAAAUUAGGCCAGGAUGCUAUUCCAGUCAUUUUCUGCAUGGAGUCGGGAACAGAUGUGCUGAAAGCAGCCCAACCUUGUCUUGGAAUCUAUAACCCUGAAAUAACAUGGGGCUCAAUCAUGGAGUGUGUGAACGGAGAUCUGGGCAUGAAGUUAAUGCAUGAAAAUGCAAUGAAAACAGAUGCACUGAAACCCCCCCAUCAGUAUGUGCCUUGGAUAACCAUUAACGGAGAACACUCUGAUGAUCUUCAGGAUAAAGCGAUGAGUUCUCUCUUCAGUCUUGUGUGCAGCUUGUAUAAGGGUGAAAAAACAGAGGCUUGUACUCUUGGGCUGAAAAGGAAAACCAGCAGUUACUGCCUGAACUAAAUCAGUCAUUAAAUCUGAUAAAUCACUACUCGUGCCAAAAAUAGAAUGAAUGUAUGAAACACUUUUGAUGUGAAACAUUCUGAACUGUACUGUUGUUGUUUUUCAUAUUGUUCUUUUUUCUUUUGUUGGCAAUAUGAAUGUCCAAUUUGUUCCAAAUUUGGUAGAAUACAGUCAGACAGACAUGAUAAUACAAUUACAUUUACUGUAUAGUUAAAAUAUUUGUAACUAUUUUAUACCUUUUUGUAUUAUGGACAAAAUUAAACCAAAUGAAAGCAAAUUUGUACGUUUUAAUUGUAAUUGCUUGUAUGCAGGGUUGGGGAGUAGCGAAAUACAUGUAACGGGAUUACGUAUUUAAAAUACAAAAUAUAAGUAACUGUAUUCCACUACAGAUACAUUUGAAAUAGUUGGUAAUUAGAAUACAGUUACAUUCAAAAAGUAUUUUGAUUACUGAAGAGAUUACUUUGCAUUUUAUUGUCAUUUGUUUUAUUUAAUAUUUAGUCUGUUCAGUUGGAAAACAUUUACUUAUAAAUGAUGCGAUCCGAGGAGCUUCUGAACAGCGGUGAAAACUUUCGAAUGAUUUGUUUCAUUCAUACAAGCUCUUUCACACUGUUGUAAGUGUAAAGGUGAAUAUGACAUCAUUGAGGAACUUUCCCUUGGGAGCUUAAUAGAGGAGCUACAUAAUGUUUCUACAGCUUAACAAAAACAGUUAGAAAGGCUAUGACAGAUGAAACAUAAAUCCAAUAAAUACAUGAUUGCA